UUUUUGAAUGCUCUCCUAGUGGACAUCAGAUUCUGCAGAGCCCUUACAGAAGCGUUGAUUUUGAUUCAUCCCAUCUCCAGCAAUCAGCUAUUCAGGAUUUAAUAUGUGACCAUUCCCUAACACCAGGAUGGUAUCGCUUUAUGAUUUUUGAUAAGCCUGCUGAGAUGCCGACUAGGUGCAUAGAGAUGAAUCGCUGUGGAACUCAAGCCCCUGUCUGGUUGUAUCUGAGGGAGUCAGAAUCCAUGCCUCCACCUGGUGAGAUCAAACAGUUAACAGCUUGUGCUACAUGGCAGUUUUACUUCAGCACUUCAAAAGACUGCUGUCUUUUCCGAAUCCCUGUCAGUGUGAGGAACUGCGGAGAUUUCUUUGUUUACUUACUGCAGCCCACCCAAGGAUGCAUGGGGUACUGUGCAGAAGGUAAACUGGCUCCUUCAUCAUCUCCAUCUGUGUCACCACCACCUCUACCAGCCAUUCCUGAAGUUGUAGCAGAGUUGAUCAAAGGCAGCAUUUACCUAAGGUGUACCUUUGGCAUUCCUUUUGCAAACAGCUCGGUUGGAUUCAUUGUAACUUGGUCAAGACUUUCUCCUGAAGGUGUCAAAGAAGAACUCAAACGUGAGACAGCGGUUCAUAUGUUCUCACUUCUAGAACUAGAUGGGAAGAACAUCAGACUUGGAGACAGAGUCUACUGUAGCAGUUCUGCUUUUUUCAUAGAGAAGCCAGAUAUACAAAGCUCUUCUGUUGAGAGCAAGGAAUUUUUUGCUGGCAUUAAGAUAUAUCCAGAAACAUAUGAUAUAGCAGAAGAUGGGAAGGAAUACAGACUGGAAAUAAAAAGUAAUAUUCCUAUUCCUUGUCCUGAGUUUAGCCAGGUUGAAAGUGACUGCAAAAUCUCACUAACAUUAAACACUGUUGAUGAAGGUGAUGAGCAGUUAGGCUUAAACUUGGCUCUUUCUUCUUGUCAUGUGGAUCUUCUCCAGAAACCCUGCAGUAAUGGAAUCUGUAGUCAAGCUGUUAUUUAUUUCACUGCUGUAACAGACUUUAUGCAGGAUGGAGACAGAAUUACCAGAAUUGCAGUCGAACCUAUAUCCAGUGAGAAUUUCCUGUGGAAAGGCUAUGUUCCUGAAAGCACACAGAUUACAGUAAAGGACCUGCCCACUGCCUACUGCUACUCAUUUACUGACCCUCAUAUAAUUACAUUUGAUGGAAGACUCUAUGACAAUUUUGAAACAGGAACGUUUGUUCUCUAUAAGAGUACAUCUCGAGAUUUUGAAGUUCAUGUUCGCCAGUGGGACUGUGGAAGUCUUCACUACCCAGCAUCCUGUAACUGUGGCUUUGUUGCCAAAGAAGGAAGAGAUAUAAUUGCAUUUGAUAUGUGCAGUGGUCAGCUACGUGAGUCACAGCCGCACUUAUCUGUAAUAAGUAGAGACACAAGGGGAAGCAAUGUCAGAAUCACUGAAUCCUACUUAGGAAGAAAAGUAACAGUUUUGUUUUCUUCUGGAGCUUUCGUUCGUGCUGAUGUGAGUGAAUGGGGAAUGAGCAUAACACUUAGGGCACCCAGUUCAGAUUACAGACACACAGUGGGACUCUGUGGCACCUUUGACGGAAGUGCAGAGAAUGACUAUCACACUGCAAGUGGAGUGGAAAUCCCAAACCAUGCUAAUGUUCUUUUUUCAUUUAUUAAGAAAUGGAGAAUUUCACCAGGACGUAGCUUAUUUGACAAGACACCUGCUUCUUUAACGUCUUCUAGAAAAAUAUUCUUCUGUGACUGCACAUUUGAAGAUGCUGGAUUAUACCAAUCAGUAGAUAAACUAGACACAAUACCUAAAUCAGAGCUUCCACUCUUUUGUAAAGACAGUGAAAAUGGUAGAUAUCUUUCUUUGAUACCAGGACUGGAUGUCACUGCUGAGUAUCUUGGUUCUGUUGAUCUUGUCAGAGGCUUAAAGAAACGUUCAUCUGCACCUGAAAUGGAUUCAUCUACAUCUCUGCAGAGGGAGGAUAAUCAAACCAAGCUUCAUGAAACAUCACUAGUAAACACACAUGUGUCUGCAGUCGCAGUAGGAAAUACUCGUGUAGAAAGAGAAGGAACUUCAAGCUCAGGCAUUAGAAGAAAUUCUCACCGUUACAGUAAUCAUAUUCCCAAAAGUCAAUCUCUUACACAUAGGAGGAAGCGCCAAAAUUAUUACGAAUACCAUCCUGUAUUUCUAUUUCAAAGUCUUAGCCAAACAGACUUGGAGAGGUAUAGUUAUUUUUUCCCAGAGGACCACGCCACUGACAUAGACCGAAAGUUUCUUCCUUCUUGGCCCACACCUUCUGGCCUUACCGAGUCUAGUGCUUUGUUACUGUGCCAGCAGGCAAUAGCUAAUUCCAGUAUAGGAAGAUCUUGUGGUGGCCUUCUUGGCCGGCGAGUAGAGGAUGCAGUCAAUAUGUGUGUUAAAGAUUUGCUGCUGAAAGAUGACCUCAGUUGGGCAGAAGCUUCUUUAGCUCUUUUAGAGAACGAAUGUGAGAAGAGAGUUUUGGAAGAAAUAAAUUACAACCAACAGGAGUUUGAAGGGUCAGUUGAGAGCCUACUUAGAGCAUUAAAGUGUCCCAGUCUCUGCAGUGGUAAUGGGGAAUGCACAGAAUGGGGCUGUGCAUGUUUUCAAGGCUACAGCUCAUAUGAUUGCAGCAUACUGUCUGGCCAGGCUCCAGAAAUUACAGAACUGGAGAAUGCUGGGCUGUGUGAUAUUCGCCUGUAUGACUGCACGUCAGUGAGAGCUUUUGGACAUGGCUUCAGGGAGUCAUUGAAUCUGAAAUGUGAAAUUGUCAAAUUACAGUAUAGUGGUAACCAAUGGAUUCCUGGAGAACCUCUAACUAUGCCAGCUGCCUUCCAAAAUGCCAGGACUGUCGACUGCCAGUUACCAAAAGAUGGCCAGCAGUCUGACUUCAUGGAUCUGGUUGAUGAUAAACCCAUUGCCAGGUGGCAAAUAAAGAUUUCUAAUGAUGGAUUCACUUACAGCAACUUUAAAACAAUGGUAUUGUUUGAUGGAGCCUGUCAGACAUGUGAACCACAGGAAUCUGGGUUAUGUACAUUAAAGGAGAAAACAUGCAACAUAGAUGGACUCUGUUACGGUGAAGGUGACACAAAUCCAACCAGCCCUUGCUUACUCUGCAGACCUGACAUAUCAAAAUUAACAUGGUCAGUUGUUGAAAACAACCAGCCUCCAGUCCUUGAAACUUUUCAGGGUAUGCUACAGACGUUUUAUGGAGAAGAUUUAGUAUAUCAGUUUUUGGCUUCAGAUCCAGAGGGCUCUGCUAUUCAUUUCACUUUGGAUUCUGGUCCAGAAGGUGCCAGUCUUUCCCCAUCAGGCCUACUUUUAUGGAAAGCUAUGUCAAUGAAUCCCCAUAAAUUAACGUUUUCUUUGACAGAUGACUGCAAUGCAAAGACUCAGAUAGAAAUAGAGGUCAGUGUAAAAUCGUGUGAUUGCCUAAAUAAUGGCUCAUGUGUGACAAACAUUGAUUUCCCACCUGGAAGUGGAAGAUAUCUUUGUGUAUGUGUGGCUGGAUUUGAAGGUGAUCUCUGUCAAGUGAAUACUGAUGACUGUAAACUUAACCAGUGUGGUAUUGGCAGAUGUGUAGAUGGAGUAAGCAGCUAUUACUGUGAAUGUCCACCUGAACUUCAAGGUUUUCAACAAUCAUCCUUUAAGAAGGUUUUAAGCAUCUCAGGCUAUACCCCCAGUUCUCCAGAUGUCCCCAAGAGACACAUUUCUACAGAAAUGGUCAGUAGCAGCACUCCACCAGCUUCCACAGCAAACACAGUCACUGCUUGGAAGCCACUUAAUUCCCAGGGAGGUGCUUCUGUACAACCUGCUGAUGCUGGGAACACUGUUCAUGCACUCAGCACCAUCAAUGGUCACCUUGCUAACAUGGAAGGAAGUUCUUCAGUACAUGCUGUGAGGGCUGCAUCUUCAGGGAUCCAUGCUGUAUCACCUGAGAAGAAAACGGGGGCACUAGCAGAGGCCUACAGCUACCUUGAGACCAGGAAGACGACUUCUAGCAGCAGAAGAAAUAGAAGCAAAGGGCUUCCUUUGCCAAGCCAGGUAUUGAAAGGUGGAAAUGCUUACGGAGUUCAGCACCUGUCAUCCAAGCAGAAAGCGAGUCUUUUACCUUUUGUCCUUGUGGAAAUCACUGCCCCACCAAAAUCACUUCCUGAAGAAUUGAGUGAAGUAGUGAUUCCCAAAGCAGUAACCUGUACCGAUUUACCCUGUUUUCCUGGUGUACCCUGUGAGCCAAGUCCGGAUGGAAGCAUCAAGUGCGGUCGUUGUCCUUAUGGUUAUUAUGGAGAUGGCUUCACUUGCAGAGCAAGAUGUAGGCAAACAUGUGGCAAAAAUAUGGAGUGUGUGGCACCCAAUAUUUGCAAAUGCAAGCCUGGUUAUACUGGUUAUAACUGUCAGGCUGCUCUGUGCAGACCUGAUUGUAAAAACCAUGGGAAGUGCAUUAAGCCUGGUGUGUGUGAAUGUCUACCAGGAUACAGUGGCUCCACUUGUGAGGAAG